AGUCAGAGGAUGAUCAUCUUGUGGUAAAUGUAUAUGACAAUAUGUCUUCACAAUUGCAAAACACUUCUGAUGUAAACUGGGUUGACGAAAUGACAAUAGAACAAUGUUGUAAACCAUAUAAAACAUUUCAGAUUGAAUAUGUUGAAAGAGAGGAGAAUUCCGAACCAUUUGUGCCAUUUAACUUUGGGAAUGUGAUAACGGAAAACACGAAUCAAAGUGAAAUUUCUGGAACUAGUGAAAUAACGCCACUUCUGGAAAACGCUCGUGGAUUUCAAUGGAGAAAAUUAACAAUUAGAAGAAUUAUAUUUGCACUUCUAACGUUAGUCUUGUUGGAAAUGAAAUUCUCCUUUUUAUGGCAGUAUUUAUCUCCCGAACACGACAUUUUUCCUGUCACAAAGCUCACUCAAGUAGGUACAUUGGUUAUUGGGGCAAUAUUUGCAAGUCUGGGAAAAUACAAAUAUGGCUGCUAUAAAUGGAUAUCUUAUGGACUAAUUUUUAAUCUUAUUUCGACGUUGAUUCAUAACGUUCUGUCUUACGCAAAUGAAUUUGAAAAAGCGCAUAAGCACACUUUUUUUUCAUCUUGGUCCAAGUUUUACCAGUCAACUUUUGGAAUUGUUCUUUUGGGAAGUGGAAUAACACUUGACAUGUGUACUUACUAUAUGGUGUAUAUCACUCUUUGGAUAUUUAUUUCUCAACAAAUAUCACAGAAAGAGAAAAUAUCAAGGCAGAUAAUUUGCUUCAUAGCGAUUUGCUUUGGAAGGGCUGCUUAUGGAUUAUCUGGUGUAAUUUGUAAUUUCGUUAAAACGAUUAAGACGACGAUCUAUUCUCAAACAUUAUUAGCCUUGCUAAUCAUAGUAGUUUUUCUUUGUGGAAAAAGCCAUUUUAUCAUUCAACCACCAUAUAUUGGGACUAUUUCAGCAAAUUUCAAAAUGUUAAAGGAAAUUAUUAAAACACGCCAACGUCGCCUGCCAAGUUCCAGAUGCCAUUGGUUAGAUCGGGCAAAAUUUUUAUAUGGUGGAUCAUUCAGCACAUGGGAAGUUGAAGAUUUAAAACGGCUUUUUAUACUGCUCCCAGUUGUUGCAGUUAUGGCAGGACAGUUUAUCUUUUAUUCUUGGAUUGAAUUUCUAACAAUUCACCAGUCAAAUCAUCUCAAGAGAAACUUCAAUCUGAAUUUUUACUUGGUGGAAAGCAUUGCUUUGCUGACAGCUGUGACAAUACUUGCUGUUGCGUACUGGUGGUUUAAACCCUGUGAUAUUUUAAAAUUGUUUUGUCUUGGAUCAUUGUCUUUAUUGAUUGCGACAAUUUAUGGAGGUGUUUUUGAAAUGUAUCUUGUAAAGGAAGUCGAACACUUUGUUAGUAACAAUUCAACCAGCAGUCUAGGCAAUUAUACGUCGUCAUUUUCGCUACUCUAUCAAACACCUUGCCAAGUAUUCUACUGGUUAUGCAAUGUUAUAAUUCAUUUCAGUGCGUUUUCUUUGAUAAUUGAAGAAGCACCCCCUUGUUUUCAUGGCUUGCUUCUGAUCCUCUUUUAUGUUGUCGGAGGAAUUUGCUUUUAUCUCCUACAAAUCUAUAUUGUGAUAAUAGAUUCGUACGUACAUGUUCUUAAGAUCGACAUGGAAAUUUGUAGUAAUGGUGAGAUAAAAUACAAGAGAAAUUUGCAAACAUAUUUCUUAAUUCCAACCCCAGCUUUCAUAUUUGUGCAUCUACUAAUUUACGUUUACGUCACAAAGCGUUAUAAAGAAAAGAGGGAAGAACAAAGACAACUUGCUCUAGCUGAAGCUGAAGGGGAUGGUGAGGAUGCUUCAAGUAGUUCAAUUGAUUGGGAUGCUACCUCUUGGAAUGAUCAUGAUCCAACAUUGCGAAUUAGCACAGCUUAUUAAACGUAGUUUAAAAGACAUUGAUGUAAGGAAAAAAGGCGAUAAGAAACUAAGAGUUUAUGUUUUUCUAUGGGAACAAAUAAUUGAAACAACUAAUGGGAGAUUAUUUUUAAUAUGAUCUUAACUAGUGUAUUCUAUAUAAAAUUCUUGAGCGUUCAGUGUACGUAUAUUUCACAAAGUUUGUCUCAUAAUUGAAUUAAACACAGUGCAAUAUACUUUAAUUAUUUUUGAAUAUAUCUAUAAAGACCUUUAAUUUUCCAAUUUGUAAUUUAGUAAUGUAAUUUAAACAUUUUUAAAAAUGCUUCGAA